AUGGACGAUGCCAGCGGUCAGAAGCUGAAUAUUGUGAUUGUCGGCGCAGGACUGGCAGGGCUAGCCGCCUCUAUUUCGUGCGCACUCGCCAACCACAAAGUGCAUGUUCUGGAGUCUGCCAAAGAAUUGGCUGAGGUUGGCGCUGGGUUACAAAUCACCCCGAACGCCUCGAGACUGUUGCGAGACUGGGGUCUAGGACACGAGAUUGACAAGGUCGCGGCAGAGCCCACUCUACUCGCGGUCCACCGAUACAGUGAUGGAAAGAUCCUAGCUGAGGAGAAGGAGUUCGAUGAACAGAUGCGACGCAAAUACGGCGCACCCUUCAUCGACAUGCACCGCGUCGACCUGCAGCGGAUUCUCUACCACAAAGCCCUAUCGCUCGGCGUCACAGUAGAGUUGGGCUGUCGAUUCUCUUCCAUCGGCCGAACUCCGCCGGCGGGACCAGAAGUCAUUCUGGAGUCUGGUCGAACGAUCCAGGGCGACUUGGUAGUGGGAGCGGACGGUCUGUGGUCCAGAUGCCGAGAAUGUCUACUAAGCAGGACGGACGAGCCUCUUCCGACGGGCGACCUUGCUUACCGAAUCGUCUUGGAGCUCGACAAAAUCACCGACCCAGAGUUGAGACAAUGGAUGGCCAAUCCACAGGUGCAUUUCUGGAUCGGCCCGCACGCACAUGCAGUAGCAUACUCCCUUCGCGCAGGGGCCAUGUACAACAUCGUCCUCCUCUGUCCGGAUGACCUACCCACGGGAUUGUCCAGGACCAAGGGCUCCAUCAGCGAAAUGAAGCGCCUCUUCUCCGACUGGGAUCCCAUCCUGACUCGAUUCCUAGACCAGGUCGACCAAGUGGACAAAUGGAAACUCAUGCACCGCGAAGAACUCGAGUCGUGGACCAACCCCGAAAAGGACUUUGUCUUGAUCGGCGACUCGUGCCAUCCUAUGCUCCCGUACCUCGCUCAAGGCGCCAACUCGUCGAUCGAAGACGGCGGAGUCUUGGGGAGGGUGUUGUCACAUGUGACUUCCAAACAGCAAAUACCCUGGGCCAUCCGGCUCUUUGAAAGCCUGCGCAAGUCCCGGAGCGAGAUGAUCGCCCGCGAGACCUUUCAUCAACGAGACGCGUUCCAUAUGCCGGAUGGUGAGGCUCAACGGGAGAGAGACAUUCUCUUCGCUUCACAGCUGGGCAAGGAGAUUUCUAUCAAGUUUCCUAGUCGUUGGACGUGUCCGGAAGUCCAGCCUUGGCUGUAUGGAUACGAUGCUCGCCGUGAGGCUGAUGAAGCGGUCAAAUCGCAGCCUUGCGACGCAAGGACGUGUCAGAGGAGCUAG